UAAUUGGACCCAUUUUGCUGUUGUAUUUAAUCCCAUUGAUUGGUGAUGGACCCAUUUGGCACUAUUAUGAGCCAGUUCAUGUACAGCCCUGUAAACAAAAUCUCAUGGCAUCGCUAUUAUUCUACAACAAUUAUAUGACCAGUUUUGAUCAGAUUUGUAAUUUACCAAGCACCACAUUCUCAGCCCUAUUUCAACUUCAUCUAUUCGCACCAUUAUUACUAUUACUACUGAACCUCAAAUUAGCUGGCUACAUAAUACUGGCCUUAUUGGUGGUGAUGGGCUGCCUACUUAGCAUCUCCCGGCGCUUUCUACUGGACUUCCUGAUCGCCCCCUUCGAAGUGGCCCGCAUGGAGUCGGUGCCCGAAAUCACCCAUUCCUUCAUACACUACUUGGGCUCAACCGAGCAAAACAUAUCCACAUUCAUCGUAGGCCUGGUGUGGGGUUACCUCAUACGCAAAAAGCCCGACGCCAUCAAGAUUGGCAAAAACACCUUGCUGUGUUUGUGGGUAUUUUUUCUAGGGUUACCACAAAUAGCCAGCUAUUGGGGCGAGAGGUUUAAG